GAAGUCGAGUGCAAUCAAUCGAAAGAAAACGAGCGAGCUCUCUUGAUCAACGACUGCAUCUCUUUCUAUAGUUUCUUCGAACGUUUGAUGGAUUAAUAAUUAUUCUUCUAUUCCGCUAGUUGAAAUUUAUUACCACAGAAAUAUAUAGAAACUAACGGAGAAAUUGUCGGAUAAUUAUCAACGACUACAUCUAUGACAUGGCUUAUAUAAAUGUUUGCAUGGGGAUGGAGCUGAGAAGAUCAUUCGAAUCGAGGCUUAUAGAUUAUAGGAUCACUCUGAUUAGCUAACAAGGUCGGCCGGGAUAUGCGGGGCCCUCGGGAAACCAUUGGCAUGAAUCUAGCCACCAGGCAGUCUCUGCUGUUAAUGUCCAAAAGAUCAUGUAAAUCAUCCCAAAGGAAGCAUUUGAGAAGAAGAGCCACUGAAAUUUUAAACAGGAGGAUUGAAAGGCUGAAAGAGGAGAUGAAGGAGGUUAGCAAGGAACAGGAAAGCAUAAGAAAGGGGCAAAGAGAAGUGAAAGACAAACUGGAAAUGGUGGAGUUGGAAUGUGUGCAACUCCGAAGAGAGACUGAUUUUAUAACACAACAAAGUCUCAACACCCAACUUCGACUUUCUCUUAUGUUUCAAAUCCUUAAAGCACGAGAGGUCAAUAAUUUCACCCAAGCUGCUGCCCUUACUCAGAUUCUGCGUGAAGUCAUAGCAAAACAAAGCAAGGAAGAGUAG